AUGGCUUCAACGGCACCGUCGGAGGAGCAGAUCUCGCAAGUCAUUGACUUUGCAGGUCUCAACCCCCACGAUGACCGAACCAUGGUAAUCCAGGCGCUCAAGGACAACGGCGGCAAUGUCGAAGCAGUGGUUAUGCAGUAUUUUGAUAACCCCCAGUCGUUUAGACAAAAGUUUAUGAGUGCAUGGAACGACAGCCUAUUCUCGGCGGAUAGGGAUGGCACGGUAAACCAAACAGCGUUUCAUAUCGAAUCGAUGAACAAGAACGACGGCGUCCAGAGCAACACACCACCGCCCGAGGCGUAUGGGCCUACGGCACCGUCGCGGCCGCCGUCAAGAUCAACCGGACGAUCGCCACUGGGUAGAAUGGUGGACUGGGCAGCAGGCGAUGCUCCCGCUGGAUCGAACGGACCCUCGAAAGAAGACGAAGAUAUGCAGAGGGCCCUUAGAGAGUCUGCCGAAGAAGCUGGCAUUGCCUUGCCGGAGCAGCAGUCGGGUGUCAUGGACACACAGGCGGCGUCAGCACCGCAUUUCGGACCUGCGAAUCGAACCGAUUACGAUCAAGGCAACUGGGCUAUGGUCCCAGCAGGCCCCUUGGAGUCUGCAGUGCCGUCGGCCCCGGCACCGUCACGGCGUAAACGAAUGAAUGGAGCGCCGGCUUUCUUGAUACAAGGGAUAAAUACGGUGGGCAGCCAUGGACUUGGCGGCCUUUUGACGGUGCUACACGAGAUUUCUCUGGCGAGGAACGCGUUACUGGAGACUGGCACACCCGCUGCGUCGUACGGGUUCAACACUGAAUGGUGGAAUGGUCAGGAGAUUCUGCCAGCGGAUGUGCUCGCACGACUGCAGUCCGGAGUCCUGGAAUGGGGACAUCAACAAGAAAGCAAGCCGGAUGUCGAGGAAGAGAUUCAUCGACUCAUGGCGUUCCUGGACCAAACGGAGCGGAGCUAUGGAAGCGUCAGUGUUCUUACCGACCUCAUCCCAUACCCCAGCCUGGGGCCCGAAAAGCAAUUCUACGAGUACCUCGGACCGAGAAACGAGGAAAAGCUGAAACCGCUGAUACACGCGGCGGCGCUUGCUCCCGUGUUUGGCGACGACCUGGGCGACGAGGAGGCCAAGUUUGGGCUUUUGGAGAUGGAGCAUUUGCGUAGCGACUACUCAUACAUCAAGACGCUGUAUGAAUCACUGGACCAUACCAUGUGGAGCGACGUCUUGUCGUGGAACGAGCUACACGAAGGGUCCAAGAUGGCCAUUUUCAAGGAGAUGGGCGAGGUGCUAGCCAUCAAAGUUAAUGGAGAUGGACCCCAGGACUCGAUUGAUAUCCCUGAGAAGCUGUACUUGGAAAAGUACCAGGCAAACCGCAAAGACGAGGCGCGACGCAUCCAAAAAUCAUGGUGCGAAACUAAGAAUACCCUUGUGAAGAUUGCAAAUGAAGAGCAGCAGCUGUACGGGUGGCGCAAUGAUUGGGACCAUCAAAUGUUCGACAAGAAGCAAAUGAUAGAAAAGGCCACGAUCCAGUGGAAGGCAUACAACGAGUACCUGCAAAGCUUGGGCAGGUUUCGAGGGAUGGAGGCGUCCGGGUUUGACACGGACAAGUACCCAGACUACCGCAUGGCUCCUUGCGAGAUGAAUGAGGAAGAGGGAGCUGCAUCGGAGCGGGUGGACGAGGUGCUGCAGAUGCUCCUCCACAUGCUCACUGAUAUUGACAAGCGACUAGACUCACUAAACGCAGACAUGGACCAAAUCGUGGCCAAGCAGAGGUUCCUCGGCCGGCUGCUCACGCAGCCCGAGAAGCCAGAUAGACCAAAACCGAUGACGUGCAAAGAAUUUCUGCUGCGGGGAGUUGUUACGCCAUCAGAUGUCACUUAUGUCUGCCAGCGAGCUCAGCCGGAUCUUAUUGAGUUGGGCGAGCAUCCCAAGCAAUUGGAUCAGUGGUGGCGGCUGGCCUACGCUCCCAAGGAUGGCGAGCGGCCCGUGACGGCAGAGAAAGUAGAGAUUGAACGUGUACUACGGGACGUCUGGCAAGAAACCAAGACACCGUUGAUGAUAUACGCCACAGAAGCAGCACUAAAUGUUGCACCAACACCCCUGACGGCGCCGUUGCAGCGAUUUGCGCGAGCGGAAAAUAAGUCGUUCCGCCAUGAAUUGCACCAGGAAGCUACGGCGGCCACGGAACCAGACGAGACCAAGAAGAUACCCUCAUCGGGAUCGAUAGACCCCAUUUCACCUUCCAAGAGGAAACACCGAGCGGAUAGCAUAGACUCUAUGGAUAGCAAUCGUGCCUCCAUUGGGAGCGACGACGCCCAGAAUGGAUUUGACAAUCCGUUUGACGACGGACAGACGUCGACGGCCACCAUGACGGCGUCAGGAACGCCGGCAGCCACGACGGUUGUUGAAACGGGCGUGGAUAUGGAUACAGCCUCACCAGAGGCCAUGGCUGUGCAGGAGUUGGACAGUGAGGCUAACAAAACGUGA